AACCAACUCAAGCGAAAUUGUCAAGCCGUUUCAAUUAAAUGUAAAAAUGUUGAAAUUCACUAAACUGUUUUAAGUACUAUAUACUCUACUAUAUUAAUAAAAAUAAAAUAUUAAAAGAGAAAACCACGUUGUGUAUACAUUUCUUUGAACGAUGUGAUGAUGUUACCUUGUUACUUUACUGAUGCUCAACUGGAAAUCUACGGAAAUGCUGCAGAAGUCGGCCAGUAAAAAAAAGUAUAUGUAUUGCAUUUAAUUCGCUAGUGAUGAGCAAAGGAUAGUCAAAAUUCCAUUCCCCGCACGAUAAGUGUAGGCCGGGCUUUGAAGCUUUUUCAUUUGCAUUGACUAAAAUUCGAAAGUACUCGAACUUAGAGCAGUUGACAGUUCAUAAAGUAUUUGAAAUAGCAUUCACGCGUUUGUGACCAGAACAAUGAUGCAUAUAGAAGCUGGUAGCCGACACAGAGGAUUCACAGACACUACAUAAGCAUACUCGUCGUAUCUGGUAAAUUUUCGCAGCGCAAUUUUGAAGCAAAAUACACGGGCACAUUGUUUCACACUUGGUCGCAGGUGAGUGAGGUAUGUAGAACUCAAUAUGAUAGCACUUCCCGGCAUCUUCACCUGCCGGUAAUUAAAGAUACUUGCCCAAAAAAUCUGUCAACUGCUGGCAAUAAUUGAAACAACUUUUCAGACGAACUCCGACACCAUUGAAACCGGAAUACAUAUUUUCAUUUCACGGUAAUAGUAAUUUGCUCGUUCCCAUGUCAAGCGGAGGCGGAAAAAACUUCCAUUUCUGAAACAAUCGUGCAUAUGAUGACCAUUCUAACAGGAACGGCCCAGAUUUACGUACCUUUGGCCAAGGACUGCCCCCAUGAGCAGUAUUCGACAACAAGUUUUAUGCUGCUACAACAAUCCAACAUUUGGUUUCACUCUUCGACCAAAAGUUUCCAAACAUCUAUUCUGCCAUACUAUCCCUCCAGUACUUGCAUUCAUCAAGCUGCAUGGAUUUUGUCCCAGGACCGGAAAUUAUUUAGUUUGCUGUUGUUCGCUGAGCUCACCCAAUGUGGCAUUCAACCGAAGUGUCAAGUAGUCACUGAAAAGCUUCCACAAAAGCAAACCCAUAGGCCAGCAUGGACGACUACGAGGAUCAAAGUAAGCUCACAUCAACAAAAACUUCAAUCAUUUACUAGGUAUUCCAAUCAAUUGCCUGACCUCGUUGUUAUUGCAGGUGUUGUAGGCGAAGUACGACGCGGCGCUGCUGGCCUAACGGGUGGCCAGCGCAAAGACCACAACACUUCGUUUGGCGCUGUGAAGGUCGGUGGUUGGCGAUAUGAGGACUCUACACGUUACAUUGGUGAAUGGGAUCAGCGUGGCCAAAAACAUGGCGUCGGACAUUUACAAUUUGCCGAUGGUACGCGCUACGAUGGCCAAUUCCACGAUGGUGUGAGUCAUGGCCUUGGUUGCCUUUGGUUUUCUGAUGGAGCCAAAUACGAGGGAGAAUUUAUGCAAGGCUGGUUUCAUGGUUUCGGCAUAUUUUGGCGUUCCGAUGGCAUGAAAUUUGAGGGUGAAUUUCGUGGUGGCAAAAUCUGGGGAUUCGGCCUGCUAACGUUUCGCGAUUUCACACACGGCUUUCCCCGCAAUGAAGGUUUCUUUCAAGACUGCCGUUUGGUACGCAAGCAACGUUGUCCGGAUAUGGUGCAGCGCGCGCAGAAAUGUGCGCUUAUGGCGCGUGCACUGUGUGACCACCCGUACUAGCGUUAGGCAUGCUAGCAUAUGUACAAAAACAUACAUACCUAAAAUACAAACAAACACACACUCGACCAUCAGCGAUCUGAUCACAAGCGUUCCCAUAAUAAUAGUCGGUUCUAUGGUACCGCAACGACAUGGGCUCAUUUACACACACAUAUAUACUUUCAUACACAGGUGUGUACAUUUGCGAAAUUUAUUUGCAUAUGUUUUGUAGCCCACUAUCACUCCAGGUGACCUGUGGCAUACGUGAAUACGUUUUUGAAAUGCUUCAUAUUGAUAUAAGUAACAAAAAUUUGUUCAAAUUCGUGGUUUUGGAAUAAAUAUUAACGAUUUAGCCAACUAAAAA